UCAUAUGUUGCAGGGAAUGAAGAAACCAUUUGUUGAGGUCAUCAAGGCCAAUAUCGGUGACGCACAUGCAAUGGGACAGCAGCCAAUCACUUUCUUCCGACAGGUCUUGGCUCUGUGCUCCUACCCUGAGCUGCUAAAUGACAGCACAUUCCCAGAGGAUGCUAAAAGUAGAGCACGCCGCAUUCUGCAAUCCUGUGGAGGGAACAGUAUGGGCUCCUACAGUGCCAGUCAGGGCAUCGACUCUGUGCGCCAGGAUGUGGCGCGCUACAUCGAGCGAAGGGACGGCGGCGUGCCCUGCGACCCAGACGACAUUUACCUCACCACAGGGGCCAGCGACGGCAUAGUGACCAUGCUGAAGCUGCUGGUGUGCGGUGAAGGUGCGGCCCGUACAGGCGUCAUGAUCUCCAUACCUCAGUAUCCCCUGUAUUCUGCUGCAUUGGCCGAACUUGGUGCUGUGCAGAUCAACUACUACCUUAACGAGGAAAACUGCUGGAGCAUGGACAUCAGCGAGCUGCAUCGUGCCCUGGACGAUGCUCGGGAAUAUUGCAACCCAAGAGCCCUGUGCAUCAUCAACCCUGGAAACCCCACCGGUCAGGUUCAGAGCAGGCAGUGCAUCGAGGACGUAAUCCGAUUUGCAGCAAAGGAACGUCUUUUCCUUAUGGCUGACGAGGUGUACCAGGACAAUGUGUACGCCGAUGGUUGCCAGUUCCACUCUUUUAAGAAGGUUCUCUUUGAGAUGGGACCUGAGUACUCAAAUACAGUGGAACUGGUAUCUUUCCACUCCACGUCAAAGUGCUACAUGGGAGAGUGUGGCUUCCGCGGAGGCUACAUGGAGAUCAUCAACAUGGACGAAGAGGUGAAGGCCCAGCUGACGAAGCUGGUGUCGGUCCGUCUGUGUCCUCCUGUUCCCGGUCAGGCUCUAAUGGACCUGGUGGUCAACCCUCCGCAGCCCGGGGAGCCGUCAUAUGACAGCUUCAUCAAGGAGCGCACAGCCACUUUAAGCAGUUUAGCAGAGAAGGCCACACUCACAGAGCAGGUUCUCAACACUGUACAAGGCAUCAGCUGCAAUCCUGUGCAGGGUGCGAUGUACUCCUUCCCCAGCAUAACCAUCCCUGAGAAAGCCAUUAAAGAGGCCAUGGACCUUGGUCAGCAGCCAGAUAUGUUUUACUGCAUGAAGAUGCUGGAGGAGACUGGGAUCUGCCUCGUACCUGGAAGCGGCUUUGGCCAGAAGGAUGGAACCUACCACUUCAGAAUGACCAUCUUGCCACCGAAAGACAAGCUGCAGAUCCUGCUAAGAAAAGUCAAGGAGUUCCACCAGAAAUUCACCAACCAGUAUUCUUAAAUCUCCGCAGAUUUUUCUUCUGACCACAAAGGGAAGGAGGUCACCAACCUCAACAAAGAACUCAACCAAUCACAAUUUAUCUGUCACUGAUAAGUGCCUUCUCUGCGGCGGCUCUGGUAGUCUCUGUGAUGACGCACUUCGGCCUCUACAGCUCUUUCAUUUGGAUGUUGUUACACAAGGCACUGUUUUCUGACAGAAAACAAUACAAAACCAGAGAUGAAGGGAUGGAUCCAGAGACUUGUGUCAAAUUAGUGCGAAAAAACAGCUUUAUCUAGCGUCGUUCCAGCUGUGAAAGAUGUAUUUACUGUAGAUCUGUGUAUUUGUGAGUUGAGAUAGAUUGUCUAUGUCGAUGCCAAGCUUAAAAAAGAAGAAGGUACAAUUGAAGAAAAUGUGAUGCUGCUUUAAACCUUGAUUACAUGUACAACUGGAUACAAUAUUGCAUUCCUGCAGGCUGUACUUGUCAGGAACAAUAUAAAGAAAAGUCUCAUUGCAUGAUUAUUCAAAAAUGAUUUUGUAGAAUCAAAAUAAAUGUAACAGUCUAA